AUGCGGGUGAAAUAUGGUAUUAUCGAUUUCGAUUUCUACAACUUCGAUGAAACUAGCUUUAUAAUGGCAGAAGCAAGACAAUACAACCAGGCAAUCGAGAGUGGGCUACAUUCUCAAAUUGAGGAGUUUACCAAGGCAUAUAUCAAUCAUAUCACUAAAGUUGAAUUCUUUAUGGCUUUCAAAGCUGCAUAUCAACAAUCAAUCAACUCUCAGAAUAUAAAAGCUGGCUUUCGAGGAACAGGUCUAAUACCAUUUGACCCUCAAGCUAUACUCUCAAAAUUAGAUAUUCGAAUUUAUACACCUACUCCCCCCCCUUUCGAUUUAAACCUUUGGAUCUCUCAAACUCCUCACAAUCCAACUGAAGCUCUUUCUCAAUCAACUUUAAUGAAAUUGUUGGUACGAGAAGGAUACGGAAGACGUAGCACCCACGGAUUAUCUACAUAUUGA